AUGGUAAGGUUUCAGAAAAGGUAUCGAAGAGCUCAACACCAGCCGAAGCUCGACUUGCCAGGACUGAAAAACGAGCAUUGCAGAAAGAAGUUCCGCCAACGAGUGUCGAUCAGUAUUGGAUUAGGGAUCAAAAGGAAAGUGGAGGACCUUGACUCUUUCACUAAAUGCAUUCUGGAGGCUGCGAAGAAAACGCUCCCGGAGAAGCAUCUGAAAAGGGGGUUGCAUCAUCAGCUGGAAUGUGAUCGUGAGAACGGGUGGACGUCAAGAACGAAGGAGUUUGAGAAGACGUGGGAGGACAAGAACCCGAGGAUUUUAACACCGCUGAACCGACAAGCCCCGUCAGUCCCUGAACUCGAGCACGCCCAAAGACAGAUAUAG